AUCCCGCCGCGGCUCUGCGCGCAUGCGCGGGGCGGUGGCCACGCGGGGAGCGGGCGGGUUUGAAGCGGGGAAGGAGCGCCAUGACGGCGGGCUGGGCCGCCCGCGGCCCCUGGGGCCCCUGAGGACAGCGAGAGGGAGAGGGAGAGGGAGGCAGGCAGGCAGGCGGGGCGCUGCCGCUGCCGCGCGAGGGGUGCCUCGGGCAGCGCUGGCGCGAGCCCCGCGAGACGGGAGCGGCGGCCGGCGCCGCCAUGGCCAGGCCAACCGUCUCCCCUACGAGCGUCAAGGCGACGGCGCCCGAGGCCUUCGCGGUGCUGCGCCAGAGGAUGAGGGUGGUGGAAGAGCAGGCCAGCGCGCUGGCGAGAGACCUGGAGACGCUCGGCGUCAACGGGCUGAGCCUUGGUCUUUUCCACUCAAAGACCUUCGAGGCACCUGCUAGCUACCCAGCCGUAAGUCCUGUGCAGGCCAGGGUAGCAUUUGUGGGAGAAAAUACACUGUGGAAAAACUGUGAAUCGCUGGUGAAUCGAAUGUGUCGGGUAGAGAGUGUUGUACAGACACUGAAAUUAAACAUCUCCUGUCUGCAGACGGAAAAGGAGCUGAAUCCAAAGCAUGCAGCCCAGCUGGAGCAGCAGCUGAAUGCAAUGCAGGAAGAGCAUUUGCAGGAAAUGAAGGUUGUACAGCAAGAGGCAAUGAAAUUAUGCCAGCAGCUAAGUGAUAUGAAAGAGGCUGAAGAAAAGGCAAAAGAAGAAGUUCAAAGACUAAGUGCUGCUCUGGAGAUUAGAACUGCAACCCAGAUGGAUGUAGCAAUUGCAGCUGAGGAUCUGAGGAACACAAAACAGAAAAUGAACUGUAGAUUGCAGGACCUAAUGGAGCAUCUGUCCCACGAGAUCAGCCUGCGGGAAUCUUUGGAGGAAUCCCAAGCAACCAUGAUGUGUCAUGUACAGGACAUGGAAACAACAGUAGAAGCAGAACGGAAGCAGGUGCAGAUAUUGCAGCAGGACUGCCAGGAGUUGCGUAAAGAUGUCCAGCUAGCCCAAGAGAGGCUGCAAGAAGAGAAGGAGAGAACUGCGCAGCUGGAGCAGCAGUGCACACAGCUGAAAGCUGAGCUGGACUCCAGGAACUGUAUCAUUUCCCAGCUUAAUGAAGAAGAAAAAAAUGCACAGCUGUCCUUUAACAGACAACAAAAAGAGAACCUGCAGCUUCAGUCUAAACUAACUGCCCUGCAAGAAACAGCAGAGAAAGUACAGGUCCUUAAUGACCACUUAAGCCAUCAAUGCUCAGACCUUAGCACCACACUUCAAAGUGUUGCCAUGGAGAAUGUUAAACUCAUUUCAGAUCAUCAGGCCAUCCUUAAGUCAGAACAAGAAAAGAUGACUCGGCAGCUGCAGGAGCAAGACUCACUUCUGGAUGCUGCCUGUGCCGACAUUCUUGGAGAGCUGCAGAGUGUGCAACACGAGAGGGCUCAGCUUCAGAAAGAGCUGGAGGCCUUGCAUACAGAGCAUGGCAAAUGCAGGCAGAAAGCAAGCCUCAAGGAAGAAGCAGCAGCCAUGCAGAGAAAGCUGCUGGAAUGUACUGUUGCUAGACUGCAGGGUGAACUGGAGACAGCUUUGCAAGAGAGGGGAUCUCUGCUAGCUGAAAAGGAAGAUCUUAAGCAGGAGAUAAAGACAACAACAAAUGAAAUAACACAGGAAAGGAACAAACUGGAAGUAGAAAAAACAGAGAACAAGCUAGAAAUGGCUUCAAUGAAAUCCUCUUUGCAGACACUAGCAGAAGAAAACAAGAGGCUAUUGGAUCGCUUGGCUGCACUGGAACACCAGCAACAUGCCCAGCAGAAGGUGCAGCAGGUGCUAGCAGAGCUGACCAACAGCAAGAAUAAACUGGCCUAUGACAAAGGAAAACUUCAGAUGGCUAACUUGCAGUGCCAGCUGGAGGCAGCAAAGAAUGAUAACAGUAAGGUGACAGCCGUGCUGGAGCAUGUGUUAGCAACUCAUAGCAAGAUGCAGGCAGCUCUGGAGGCAGUACAAACAGAGCUCGGACACAAGGACACUGAAAUCAGCAGUCUCAGAAGAGACAGGAGCCAGAGUCAACAGAAAAUACAGAGGUUAGAAACAGAAUUGGAACACUGCCAAGCCAGAGUGGUUGCCAUGGGAAGCCAGCACAGCAGCCAGGUGGAACCACUUUGUAAAGCACUAGAAGUUACUAGAACAGACAACAAGAAACUUGCUCUUCGUUUGGAACAAGCUCUGCAGGCCAAUAAUACCCUGCAGAACAAGCUGAUCCAGACUCAGCAUGACCUGAAAAACAAAGAAACUGAGCAUCAAGAGCUGAUAGACUGCAGGAAACAGCUAAUGGAAGAAGCUCAGACUGAGGAAAAGAAGUACGUUGAAUGCUUGGAGUCUUUGAAGAAGCAGUUUAACAUUGAGCGAGAGGCUUCUAGAAAAGCUGCCCAGCGAGAAUCUGCUGAGCUCAAGAAGGCCCUUGAAGAAGCAUCCUCCAAAUUGGGUGAAGUGUCGCGUGCUAACAGGGAGCUACGGCAGAAAGUAACAGAGCUGGAAAAGUCUUUGGCUAGCUACAAGGAAAAGCUAAAAAGCCAGAGAGCUCAAGUCAGACAUUGCCUGGCCUUUAAAGCUAGCAAUGCUCAGAACACAGAGAGGAUAAAGGAGAUUGAAUCUGAACUGAGAGAAAUGGAAGCAAUAAAAGAGCAGUAUCAGAAGAAGAAUUAUGAACAGUCGCAGAACAUCCAAAAAUUCGUGACAGAGUUAACAAGUUUGCAGAAUGAGAUGCAAGAGUUAUUGAAAAACCAACAUGAAAUGCAAACACAGAACAGGCAGCUGGAGACCCAGCUGGAAGUGGAGAGAAGGCGAGGGCAGCAGCUGGAAAACCAGUGUCAGAGAUUGGAAGAAAGAGUCAAACAUCUGAAGAAAUGUAAAGAAGAAACAGAACAGAAACUGAAGGAAGCCAGCAUAGAAUCAGAACAGAUCACGGUUAACCUGGAGGAAGCUCGCCGCUGGUUCAAAUCUAAGUUUGACAGCCUGCAGCCAGAACUUAUAAAAAACCACCAGGCAAAGAACUCUGAAGAGAGCAGCUUUGAAAGGGAGGAGAAGAAGCAAGCAGAGCUCCCCACCCAGCCCUCCCUGGGUGGUAGGGCAAGGACCCAGCCCCUCCAGCUCACCACCAGGAAGGCCCGGGUGACCUGGGCAGGAAGUGAGCUCACCUGACAGCUGAUUCCCAGCUCAGGGCCACCUGGAGGUGCCACAGCUCAGGGAGACCAUCACCUGCCCGGAGACUCCCUGCUAGCAUCCAGGUGCUGGGAGCAUCCUGAGCCACAGGGAGCUGUGCACUGACAGAGAAGACUUUUUUUAACGGGGUGUGAAUCAGGGGCUUUACUCAAACUGCACUAGUUUUGUAUCACGGAGAUGACCUUGCAAAUAAAAGGUGCAUUGACUAGCUGGCUCACAGGAUACCUGUGUAUAGGGGACCUAGGAAUGCUGAUUUAUGUUGUAUGCUCUGAUCUGAAUUAAUUCAUCCCUCUCACCUGUCCAACAUUACAGGGAUCUCUCUCUCUGUGUGUGUGUGUGUGUGUGUGUGUGUGUGUGUGUGUGAGAGAGAGAGAGAGAGAGAGAGAGAGAGAGAGAGAGAAAAAGCUUUCUAACAUGAUUGUCUUUUGUGACUAACGUGCUUUGUAUCAUGAGACUGAUAUUAACAAAAACACUAUUUAUAGCAAAGAAAUUAUUCUUAUGUAUCAUUCCUAUAGACUAUAUGCUGCUGACUGCUAAGUCUUCAUGUUCAUCGCCUUUAUUUUAUCAGCUUCACAAUGAGCCUUGGCAGGUGCUAUCAAAAGAUCUCAGACUGGUUUGCAGAGGAUUCAGGUGAAUUACUGAAGACAGAGUCAUACAUCUGUGGCUGGAUGCUGACGUGACCAGGACAGGGAGGACCUGGCAGGACUGGCUGCUUCUAAUGAUAGCUCUAAUGAUAGCUGAUGUCUGGGUCACGAGAGAACACAGGCCUUGGGCUAUUUUAGGAGCAUAUAAGGAAUUCAUUAGGUUUGUGACAUUGUACCACACAUCCUGUUAUCUACAUAAGACUCAUAAGAAUUAGAGGAAUUUAUUCACCCUGUCCCACUGUGGAACGUAACACCAAGGAAGGAGUCGUUGAAGCAGAUGACUUAUGUCAUAAUAAAUCGAGGGUGUUGUAACACA